AUGGCGUCCGGCUGGUUCACCAAGGCGUCGAGCGACCCGAGCCGCCCUCCCGACGUGCGCGUGCAAGUCGGCGAACAACGACCACAUGAUUUCUAUCUGCAGCCCAGCUCGGCCCAGACAAACACUUCGAUAGUGUCACGUGGCGUGGAUACAACACACUCGCAGGUCCACGUGCAUAAUCCCUCGCUGUUCGAUGUCGGCAUCCUCAAAGAUACGCUGGUGCCGUCGUUUUCACUCCAUGCCAGCUUGGCCGUCGUGGCGUAUAGCGCUGCGCGGUACACGAACCGUGUUGAAGCAAAGGACUGGCUGUGGCCGAGCGGCCAGGUAGUAAAUGCGUGGUGGUCUGCUGUCGGCCGGCGCAUCGCUGCUGGCUACACUGUGUCACAAGCUUUCCGCCGCCUCUCGUGGCAUGAACGCGUCGUGCUGAGCGGCGUUACGCUAUGGGGCGGUCGCCUCUUCUACCGCAUUGCUCGACGGUCUCUGCAGCGAGGCGAAGACGAUCCGCGGUAUGUCGAGGUCAAGGAGGAAGAGGGCUUCUGGAACAGCGCACUGUUCAAGGUGUUUAUCCCCGAGGCCUUCUUCCAGAUGCUCAUUAGUCUCCCCUUCACUGCGCCUUUCCGCCACGAAGGCGCCGUCAUGACGGGCUACCAUCCGUUUAUCCAGAUGCUGGCCGUCGGCCUGUUUUCGUCGGGCCUAGCACUCGAGAGUCUUGCAGACUACCAGCUCGACAAGUUCAAGGCCGAAGGAAAUAAAGGAAUCCUGCGUGAGGGCGUCUGGAGCAUCGUUCGCAACCCCAACUACCUUGGCGAUGCCCUCGUCCACAUGUCCUUCAUCGUCAUGCUAUACGGCUCCGACAUGCUCGCCCCCAUUGAGCUCCUCGGGCCCGCCGCAAACUACGCCUUCCUCCGCUUCUUCGGCGGCGACGCCCAAAAGGAGAAGCACCAACACCGCCGCUACUCUGCGUCGUCGCCCGACAAGCUCCGCGAACUGGAAAAGUUCCGCGCUGACAAAAACGCCUUUUGGCCCAGUGUCGACGAGCUCAGCAACAAGUGGCUAUGGACUGUGCUCGGGUUCGGGGGCCUUGGAAUCGCUGUUGAGCAGACGUUGAGGGCGUUCCAUUGAGGUAUGUAAUAAUCUGUUCUGAGAUGAAAAAGGACGAAAAUCAAAAUACUUCAUGUUUAUGGAGCUGGACACCAU